UAGUCUUUAACUCUACACCACGUCAAAUUUCCCUUAUAAAUUAUCUCAACACCCAUACCAAACCUCAAGGUAAACUAGCCAAUAGCUUUAGCUUAUAUUAUAGACGUACCACACUUAUUGUGUCAAGACACAAACCCUAAUCUUCAUUUUCAACCAUGGACUGGUUCUCCUGGCUAUCCAGGACCAGCCUAGAGCCGUCCCUCAUCUACGAAUACGGCCUUGCCUUCGCGCGUAACGAGCUCCAGCUGGAGGAUGCCAUCUACUUCAACCACGAGUUUCUCCAGAGCAUGGGCGUUUCCAUAGCCAAACACAGGUUGGAAAUCCUCAAGCUUGCGAAGAAAGAAGACGGCGGGGUGGUGGUGAGGAGCAGCAUCAAGUUUUCCAUCAAGAAGUGCCUGAGGAAGUGCUUCAGCAAGUUGGUUUCGCGCGAAGACCACCACGAAGCGAUGAUCAUGUUGAAGGACAUGCCGCCUGAGCCAAACUGGUACCAAGGGAAGUGGAGGAGGGCAAGGCACAAUGGGAACAAUGAGGAGCUCAAAGGAGAGAAUAAUAACAACAACAAGGGAGUUCAAAGAAACAGAACCAUUGCCUUAUCAGGGCCUUUGGAUGGGAAUGGAAGAAUAAUUCAUGAGAAGAUGGUGAACAACAACAAGGUGAUGAAACUAUCUGGUCCUCUUGAUGGGAAAAUGAAUGGUGGUAACAAUGAGAGAGUGAAUGUGUAUGCAAAUGCAAAUAGAAGCCCAUUGAUGGGUGCUACUACUCCUACUAGGGCUCUUGAUGGAAGGUUCAUGGGCUCAACAAAGAGCCCUAGGCUUUCUGGGCCACUUGAUGCAAGACCAACAAUUGUUAAUAGUAGAAGUCCAAGGUUACCUAGGCCUUUAGAUGAUAGGGCUGACAGCCCAAUGGGUUAUAGUCCCUACAAUAUUAAGGUCAGAGCUGAUGCUGCUGAUUAUGAUGAUGAUUAUGCAAUGUGGCCUACAUUGUUUGAGGAUCUUAAACCAACUUAGAUCAUUAUUAUUUAUUAUAUAUUUUGUAUUUGUUUUCUCAUGGCUUAUUAUUAUUAUUACCCUUUGAUGGCGAGUGAUAGCAACGUUUUUUGGUAUAAUAAUGAUUAGUAGCAUUUA